AUGCUCAUCCUUCAGCACCCCUGCUCUUUCACCCACCUUUCCCCCUUCUUGGCAGUGGCCACACCCCGCGACGCCGAGAUCCGGAAGGACGUGCAGACCUACUACGGGCAGGUGGUGAAGAAAUCGGCCGACCUCCAGGCCACUGCCUGUGUCACAGCAGCCAGGCCAGUUCCCAAGCACAUCCGGGAAGCCCUGCGGAGUGUACAUGAGGAAGUGGCCUUGAGGUAUUAUGGCUGUGGUCUGGUCAUCCCUGAGUGCCUGGAAAACUGCUGGAUUUUGGACCUGGGCAGUGGAAGUGGCAGAGAUUGCUAUGCACUUAGUCAGCUGGUUGGUGAGAAGGGACAUGUCACUGGAAUAGACAUGACAGAAAGUCAGGUGGAAGUGGCCAAAAAGUACAUUAAUUAUCACAUGAAAAAGUAUGGCUUCCAGGCACCCAAUGUGACUUUUAUUCAUGGCUACAUAGAGAACCUGAGAGAGGCUGGAAUCAAGAAUGGGAGUUACGAUAUCGUUAUAUCAAAUUGUGUUAUUAACCUUGUGCCUGAUAAACAACAAGUGCUGCAGGAGGUAUAUCGAGUGCUAAAGCAUGGCGGAGAGCUGUAUUUCAGUGAUGUCUAUGCCAGCCUUGAACUGCCAGAAGAAAUCAGGACACAUAAAGUUUUAUGGGGUGAGUGCCUUGGUGGCGCUUUGUACUGGAGGGACCUUGACAUCCUUGCUCAAAAAAUUGGGUUCUGCCCUCCACGUUUGGUGGCUGCCAAUCUGAUUACGAUUCAAAACAAGGAACUAGAAGGAAUUAUUGGUGACUGUCGCUUUGUUUCUGCAACAUUUCGCCUUUUCAAACUCCCUGAGACAGGACCAGCCAAGAGAUGCCAGGUUAUUUACAAUGGAGGAAUCACAGGACACGAAAAAGAACUAAUGUUUGAUGCAAACUUUACAUUUAAGGAAGGUGAGAUUGUUGAAGUAGAUGAAGAAACAGCAGCUAUUUUGAAGGGCUCACGUUUUGCCCAAGAUUUUCUGAUGAGACCAGUUGGAGAGAGGUCGCCACCAUCUGGGAGUUGUUCUGCUUUAGAAUCAAAGGAUGUCAUCACAGAUCCAUUCAAGCUUGCAGAAGAGUCUUGUAAUACCAAGUCCAGAUGUCCUCCUGGUGUUGCUGGAGGCUGCUGUGGCUCAAAGAAAAGGUGCUAG